UCCCGCACUGUAUCUAUUUUUCUCUCACUUGCUGUUAAAACAUGUCUUUCUUUCUCUCUGGCUCCAGCUUCAGAGGAGUUGAUGUCUUUAGCUGAACUGGAGGAUAUGUUGUUGAGGGAACUUUUUCAUGAUUAUCAGAAGUGGGUGAGACCCGUCCUGCACGCCAACGACUCGAUUACCGUCCGCUUUGGCCUCAAGAUCUCACAGCUGGUGGAUGUGGAUGAAAAGAACCAGCUUAUGACGACUAAUGUCUGGUUAUGGCAGGAGUGGGCAGAUUAUAAACUGAGCUGGAACCCAGAGAAUUAUGGGGGCAUUACAUCCAUCCGUGUGCCUUCUGAGAACAUCUGGCUGCCUGACAUCGUCCUCUAUGAAAAUGCUGAUGGCCGUUUCGAGGGCUCGCUGAUGACCAAAGCAAUCGUCAAAUACGAUGGUACAGUGACAUGGACUCCUCCAGCCAGCUACAAAUCUUCAUGCACUAUGGACGUCACCUUCUUCCCCUUUGACCGUCAGAAUUGUUCGAUGAAGUUCGGUUCAUGGACAUAUGAUGGUGCCAUGGUAGAUCUGACCCUGAUCGACCCCCACGUGGACCGCAAGGACUUUUUUGACAAUGGUGAGUGGGAGAUCCUGGACGCCAGAGGGCGGCGAGGGAGCCGUCGUGAUGGAAUCUACUCAUAUCCUUUCGUCACCUACUCCUUCAUCCUGAAACGCCUGCCUUUGUUCUACACACUCUUCUUGAUCAUCCCAUGCCUCGGCCUCUCCUUCCUCACUGUGUUGGUUUUCUAUCUCCCAUCAGACGAAGGCGAGAAGCUCUCACUGUCCACAUCUGUGCUCGUCUCACUCACUGUCUUCCUCCUGGUUAUUGAGGAGAUCAUCCCAUCCUCAUCCAAGGUGAUCCCGCUGAUCGGCGAGUACCUGCUCUUCAUCAUGAUUUUUGUGACCUUCUCCAUCAUCGUCACGGUCUUCGUCAUCAAUGUGCACCACCGCUCCUCGGCCACCUACCAUCCCAUGGCACCAUGGGUCAGGAGGCUUUUCCUGCAGAGCUUACCCAGAAUGCUGUGUAUGCGUGGCCACACUGAUCGCUACCUCUAUGCUGACAUGGAGCCACACCGGAGUCCAGAGUUGAAGCGUGGGAUGAAGAAGGGGAUGAAGAAGAGUGUCGGAGGAAAGGAGGAUGAGUCCUGGGUGGCCAUGCUGGAGAAAGCCACCAGCUCGGUGCGCUACAUAUCCAGACACAUUAGGAAGGAGCACUUCAUCAGAGAGGUGGUUCAGGACUGGAAGUUUGUGGCUCAGGUGUUGGACCGGAUCUUCCUGUGGGUCUUCCUCACCGUGGCCAUAGUUGGCACCAUCCUUAUCUUCACUCCAGCUCUGAACAUGUAUCUCAGCACCGCUUCUUAA